AAGUCUUCUCCUCCUAUAGCAAACAAAGUUCACAUUUUUCCUCCUCUCCCUCCCUCCUUUCUUCUUGUAUUCCUCUUGGGGCAAGAUCAACAAAACCCCAACCAACUGUUGGCUUUUGCCCCUUCCUGCAGAGGUUGUCCUUCUUCUACAGUAUCAUCAGAGGCAAGCAACAGCAGCAGCUCCCUCUCCCAUCUUCUCAUACCAACUCCUUCAUAUUAAUCAGUUCAAGGUGAGCAAGUUCAAACAUAUUAAUCAGCUUCAGGCCUCACUCUCAAUACCCAAUAGUCACUUUUUAGUGUUUGUUUAAGAUUCAAAGUGUUACAUGAUGAUGAGUUCACUUGUAAAGCAAAGAUGGAACAUUUUUCUUAAUUAACUAACAUAUGGGUUGUCAAUUUUCUUGGAUCCAAUGAUAAUUGAUCCCCAUGUCUAUGGAGCCUUGUGGUUUCUUCAUCUGAUGAGACAAGGUAAAGGAGGGGAAAGAAAAAGAAAAGAGCUUUCUUGGACAAAGUUGCAGUUCUUCAUUAGUGUGGGAUAUUUCCUGUCCUAAUUAUCACAUGGUCAAAAGUCCACCUAUCAGUACAAAACCUCUUUUGGGAUUGCUUUUCAUUUAUGUUUUGAUGACUGACUGUGGCCCAACUGAAUUUGAAAGGAAUAAGUCAUAAGCAAUUUGUCUAGCAAACAGACAAAAAAUCACAGUACUACUGCUACUUGAGAGCCAGCCUUGAUAUUUUCUUCAUUUCUGGAGAUACUUCUUUUUCCUCCCCACAGGAAGUGAAAAACUUAAUUGUGUCUCUUUGGCCUUUAUUCAGGUGCCUGCAGAAGAGUGAACAAGUAGUUGCUGUGUGUGUUGGGUGUCAUCCUGCCAACACAUCUGGAUCAAGAUCAUGCAAUAAUCUCAAGAACAAAAAAUUCCCCACAGGAGAAGGAUUUUUUUUUUUUUCACUUUCCUUUGUGUUGCCACUUCUCUCCACUGCCUCAAAAAUGGAGAGAGUUCUGAAGCCUUAUGACAAGGAAUACAUGAGGCUAGGCAUGUUAAAGCAUGAAGAAACAUUCAGACAACAGGUUUAUGAACUCCACAGGCUAUACAGGAUCCAGAAACUAAUGAUGAGAAGCUCUGGCAAACCCAUUAAGACCAUGCCUCACAAUCAUCAUAUUCCUUCCAACAACCAUCAGGAAUUCUGGAAAACUUCAUCCAGGAUUAAUGGGUUUAGUUUCAACUCCAGGAACAACAUUAUAAGUGCUCCUCCUUCUAAUCAGCGUCAUCGUGAUAAGUUAGCAAUGGAGCUGGACUUGGAAAGGCAAGCAGAGGAAUUUGCAGAGUCCAAUGGUUGCCGCGGAGGGGAUCAUGUCGAAAAACAAAAGAAUGGAACAGUUAUCAUGGAGGAGUGUGAGAUUGAGUUGACAUUGGGGCCAGCUAGUUUUUGUCCAAGGAGGAAGAAACCCUGUCGAGAAGAAGCAACGUUGACUUCAGAAUCAGUAGGUGGAAGCCUGUCUUCAUCCUCCACUGAGUCGAGUCAGAUUAACAGGAUGAGCAAUAAAGGCAGCAGGGUAGAUGAUCCUGAAAAUGGGAUGAUGAUGAAGAAGCAGAGUCCUGUCGGAAUUAGUAGUAAUAGCAAUGUUGAUAACAUUAAUAAUGAACAGUGGAGAAGGCAGCAACAGGAUCGUAGAUUAAAGCAACAACAGCCAACCUGGCUUUGCCAGGUUCUGAGCUUGAAUAUGAAUUGAAAUAAAGAAGUUUCAUGUCA